AUGCCUUUCAGCCCGGCAACUGUAAGCUUAGCUGUUCAUCGCAUCGGCAAGACGUUACUACUUGACGAAUUUAAUGUCGACAGAUUACUAGCGGAUGCUACUAAGAUUGAAAAUUGGGACUGGCUUAAGAACUUUUAUUGCGAGCAGUUAAAUAAACCUAAGGCCGCCUUUCAACAGAACGUAAUUUGGAAAUUUGAAAAUAUUAAAAUGCUAGUGGGUUCAAAUAUGCCGAUAUUUGGGAGAGGAACCCAUCCUGCUGUUAGUUUACGACAUGGAGAAUUUGGGAAGCCCAUUAAUGUUCUGACUGGCCUAGAUUAUUGGCUGGAUAAUCUGAUGUGUAAUGUUCCCGAAUUAGCAAUGUGUUAUCAUUUGAACGGAAUCGUUAAACUAAUAAAAGAUAUUGCGAGAAACAUUCUAUCGUUUCUUAAGUCCAACUGUACGCAAGAAGGUCACACAUACUGGCUUUUAAAAGAUAAACACGAAGAUAUUAUUAAAUUGUAUGAUUUAACUUCACUCUGUGCAGAGAUUUACACCCUUGCAAAUCAGAUGUUAAGUGAACUCUUAAUCGACAUUACUGAAUUAAAGUCGGGAUGCCAAUGUAUCGAAAGCUCCACCGAGAAUUCUGAUGCAGAUCAGCUUUUAAAGUAUGAAUGCAACAGAUACUGUGAUAGCUGUAUCAAAUGCUUACCAAGUACAAGAAAUGAAACCAGCGUUACGAAGAACAUAAUAGUUAAUGAAACAUCCGUUGUAAAUUUCAAAGCCGAGUCCACGGAUGAUAUCUUAUUUUCAGAAGUUAAUACCCGAACUCCUAAGCCUAUUCCUGUAGUAGGAAAUAGUGAAGAGAACUACAGGAAAGCGCUGAAGCACAUCUCUCAGGGUCUAGAAAGUACGGCUAAUAUUCGAAGAGCAGCGAUUAUAGAGGCUGGAAUCAAUAUCAGAGGAAGAAGACUGUACCAAAUGGAUAAAACUGAAUCAUGCUUAGCAUGUGCUAACGCUAAAUGCAUAACUAAUAAUAAAUGCAAUCAUUCCAGCUUGCGCAAGAAAAAUGAAGAAUUAUCGGAAAGCUGCUUUUCAACUGAAGAUAGCAAGUAUUUAUCAACAAUAAUCUUUAUGAAACAAGCGAAACGAGCCUGCUUAAAACUAGCGCAUAUUAAGGACCUGAGCCUGAAAUAUGGCGCUGCAGUACGAUUUUUAAAAUUAUCUUUGGCAUGUGAUGAAUUUCUGCUUAAUGAAUGUCGCACAGCCGAAUGCCAAUUUCACAGAAAUUCAAUACAGGCCGCAUUAGUCAAGGCAGGAGAUAUAUUUUUGAAAGUUACAAAGGUACCAGGUCGCAUCCGCAACUUUCAGGUGUGCUUUCAUGAUUCGUAA